AUGCAGUCUUUAAGAAAUGCUAAUAUUCAAUAAUUAGAAAGGCCAAGGGGGGGAAGUGUAAAUGCAAAAUCGUUUCUGAAGAAUGCACAAAAUAGUAAUAAAGGAGAAUCAUAAUCAUUUUUUUUAUAAGCAAAUAAUUCAAAAAAGACAUUCGAAUCUUAAAUGCCCAAUAAAAAUUAAACCUCUUAACAUGAUCCUCAUUUAAGUUAUUUGAAUAAUUUAUAAAGCUCUGAAAAAUAAAUAAAAAAUCAGAAAUUGUCUACAUUAACAUCAAAAUUCUCAACUCAAAAUUUGAAAUAUUUGAGUCCUUCAAAUAUUAAUACUACAAAAGUAGAUACACCAUCUGAUAAUAAAUAAUUCUUUAUCCAAACAGCAAGAGUGAAUUCUUUAUUGUAAGAAAUAUCUGACAUUAAACUACAAAAUGAAAAAGUCAAAUAGUUUUAUUAAUCCUAAAUUCAUAAUCUGUAGAACAAUUAAGACUAAUUGAAGAUUGAAAAUCUUAGCUUAUCGAACGCAAUGAAGGGAUUGACUCAAUAACUUUCUGAUGCCAGAUAAAUUAUGCAGAGAAUUUAUCAAUAAACAGAUCUUGAAGAAUUAAAUAAUUCCUUUGAUUAGAUUGACUUCAACAAUAAUCCUAAUAUCUAAUAGGCAUUUUAUCAAUUUCAAUCAGAAAUAUUCCAAUUCAUUUACGAAUAUUAAAGCCAAACAAAUUAGAAAAUUCAAUAGAAAUAAUAAUAACUAAACAAAAUCAUUAUUAAAUUGAAUUAAAUUAUAUAAAAAUAAAAAGGAAUUGAUCAUAAAUCCAUCAUAUACGAUUUGUAGUAGACGAACACUAGUCUCCUUAAUCAACUCAAAUCUUAAGAAGUUUAAUUGAAACUUGUUCAUAAGAAAACCACAGCUCCAAUUUCCAAUGAGCUUGAAGAAUAAAUUAAUGAAUUCAAGAAACAUCACUAAUAUAUUAUCAAUAAUCUGGAAUAAGAGAAGGAAAUUGCAGUUGAGUAAGAAGCAUAACUCAAAAAGGAAUUCUAAAUAAGGAUUUAGAAGUUGGAAUAAGAACUUAGUCUAUUAUUAGAUGAAAAUUAGAGAAAAGAAUAACUUAUAUCUGAAUUAAAUGACUUAAAUCAAUCAAAAGUGCUUCAAAUGCAAAAAUAAGAAGAAUUAUAAUUAUUAACAGAUAAAUUAUAAGAAAGUAUUAACAUUUAAGUUAAUCUAAAUGACUAAAUAGUAAUACUGAAAUAAAAUUGUAAUAGUCUCUUAAACGAUUUUGAAAAAUAACUUUUUGAGAUAUAGAAACUAUAGAAAGAAAAACAAUAUUUUCAGACCUAAUUCGAGAAUUAACAAAAUGAGAAUAUGGAAUUAUUGAAUAAACAAUAAUUAUAAGAUGAAAAUCAUUAAAUCUAAAUUGAUUCAUUAAAAAAUGAAUGGCAAUAAUAAAAUUAUUCAUUAUCUGAAAAAUUAAAAAUUAAUGAAUCAAAAUUAAAUAAAUUAUAAGACAAUAAUAAUACUUUGUAGAAGUAAAAAUAAGAACUUCAAAAUGAAAUUAAAUUAUUUCAAAAUGAAACUAAUAAAUUUAAAGAUUAGAUUGAUUAAAUCUAAUAAUUUUGA